ACUUGAUGUCGAUGGACGCGCUGUGUUGUAGCGCACCUCUACUGCGGAGCAAUCUACAUUUCGGUCGAUCGCAUGCAGGCGGACAUGAGGAGUUUCAUUAGUCCAGAGAGAACAAAACAAUUUAGGACAAGCCCGCCGCCGCCGCCAAACGGCCGAGCCGGGUCCUCGUGUUGUAACAAUGUUGUUCUUUUAAUAAAUAGGUACAUUAAAAACUGGAGAUCAGCAUAAGAUACAAAGAUGGCGUCGUCAGUUGCCGUUGCUCCGCACUACUACGUCACACCCAAGAGCAUUUCUCGGGUGGAUGCUAAGGGAGAGGCUUCUUCGGUACACUUCACUUGCACAUGAUUGUAGGUAGAAGUUACAACGUCUUCAAAUAAAUGUUGAGUAGUUUUUUUAGCACCCUUUGAAUGACAUUGACAUAAUUGACAUGAUAGAAGAUCGGUCACAACUUACUAUCCUCCGCCGAACAGGUCGACAGUGAUGACUUACGAAAGGAGAGAUAUGAUGACCUACUACACCAAGAGGCGGAGUAUGAACCCACGCGACCGGCAACGGCCCCACCACGGCGUGCGCCUCCGCGAAGACGGAGCUUGGUCGGCGGUGUCGACGUGAAAAAGAAGGCUAUGGCUGCUAUAAGAAUCAAGUUGUAGUUGACAGACGAGGAUAAGUUUCAGGAGCUUUUUUACAACGACACUUAUAAGUAGAUCAUGUAAUAAAUGGAUGAUUUUCAUCUUCUCCGCGUCUAACCCAACCCAACAAGAUCGAAAUGUGGAGCCCGAACAAGUCUACGAAUUUCUCAAGCGAAGGAGACGACUGCCAAAAACAGCUAGACUCCCUUCACCGGUGGGAGACAAAUCUAGACUCCAUGAGACGUAUGAAGACCGUGUGUUAAAAUGGGGCAGUCAGCCAGGGGCUGCUUUUGGUAUGACAAUUAUUUUUACAAAGAUAGUUUUCUAACAAACUUUUAGCAAAAGAUACAAGAAGAUACAAGAUGCAAGAUAGCAAAAGAUACAAGAUAGUUUUCUAACUUUAUUCAGGGAGAAUAAGUUUCUUGAAUUCUAAGGCCAAUGAGAUUGUUAGAUUUCAGUUUGAGUUUCCUCGUUUGGCUUUUUGUCAAUUUCAUCUGAUCAAAUGUUGAGACACUAACCUUGCAUAGACAUCAAAUAAGUACAUGAAGAUGGGGAUUCUAGUCAAUGAUCAUGAACAAUCUGUUCCAACGCACUACCAUUAACUUUCACGCUCAUUCUAUCUUCAGGCACCGCCGUCGCUUCCUCUUCCUCUGUAGCUUCUUGGGAGCGACGGUUGCUUGCCGCGUUAGAAAAACUCGAUAACCACACGACACGGCCGCGUGGUGUUGCCGAAGUGCGACAAGUGAUUCAAAUGCUUCCUGGCGAACAAGCAGUAGGAAAGUUCCAGCAACUCUGCUUUGACCGGCGAAAGCCAAUGGGCAAUCAACAUGCUCAGAGGGAGUUGUUGUUUUUUCUUCCUACUCUGGCAGCUGCUUUGGUGCAGAAGCGGACACGAGGCUUUGAUCCGGGAAGCAGUUUGACUGCGAGACUACGGCAUGGCUUAUCGUUUGUCUUGUCGCACUUAGCGGAUGAGAAGUUGCAUGCGGCUGUUGCGAGAUGCAUAGUCGAAACUUAUCGAAAUUUGAGCGGCUACGAGGAUGCGCCUCACCUGAGUUGCGACGGCGGAAGAAGUACAAGAGCUGCAGCGAGGAGGCGGAAGAAGAAAUACAGACAAAGUGGUGCUGAUUCGGAAGAAGAAUUAUCAAUGAGUUCAGACGGCGAGGAAGGAGAAAGUCGAGAAUUUUCGCCAGAACGUGGAGGUGGUUCAGGCGAUGUCCAAGACGUUUUUGCUGUAUUUAGUGCAAGUCUCACCGAACGUUGCAAGCGCGGUCACGGUAGAAGCUUGACAGAACGGCGCGGAUGCUUGCUUGUUCUGCAGCAAUUGAUCUCUUACAUCACUGCUAGUAGUACGGGAGCGAGUACGUUGGAGCAAUCGGCUGCGACGGAGAGUCUCCUGGCGCCACGCAUGGUUGGUCAGAUACUGCAUUUGAUUAAGACCUCGCACGAACUCCACGAGCCACUGUUCACGUUGACAGCUCUAUUACUGGAACGUACGAAAGGGAAAAGCUUCAGUUUGCAGCAAAUGACCUUGCUGAUCGCGAUGCUGGUAAAACACUUGUCUGGGCCAUCAGCGAGACCAGACUUCGUGCCUAGAGGGAUGGAGGAGGAGGUAAUUUUCAGAUUAAUGCACAUAAGUACAUAUGUUUUCUUUGAAUCAUGGUAUCUAUACUUACUUGGUUAGAUUUCUUCAAAGUGCGAGAAUGAACUGAAUAUUGAUUUCCACGAUGACUAUUGAACACCUAGGUUCCAGCCCCAACUGGCCCCGGUGGUUCCGCUUUACCCGAAGAGUUUUGGCUCACCCGCGACUUAGCCGUAGUCUGCUCCGCUGUGCUUGGACAGGUAGGCAAGGUUCUCCUCAAAAGCAAAAGCGAAGAUGCCCGAGUAGUAGAGGAAAACCGCACGUUGGUUCUGGCGACGAUAAGCGAAGACAAUCUCGACUUGUGGCGAUUAGCUUCAGGUAGAAGUGGCGCUGCUUUACGGAAGAGUCUCCGUUUUUGCAUAGAGGUCUGGAAGAAGGACGAUGUGAGUGCUGCUGUGCCAGGUGCCGCUGUUCGCAAUAGCAUACGGAAAGACGCCCAAUUUUCGAAAAAGGGAUUAGUCAAAUCCUUAGUCGACGGUUUGCUAGUUGGAGAGCAGGAAGAUACGGCAGAUCCAAGGAUAUACUCCUCUGCAGCAAGCAAUAGUAGGGGUGUGGCUGGCGGUGGUGGAGGUGGACGCUUGCCACCAGCGAAAGAUUUGCCUAGUUUGUCGCCGGAUGACGACGAGCAACGCUUGAAUCCCUAUGGGGAGAGGGAUCGUAGGCUCAGUGCAGUGUCUGGUUCAGGAGGUUUGCCCGGAGAUAAUGGAGGAGGUCGAGAGUCAGUUCGUGCAGAGGAAAUUGAGCCUCCAGAUCGACCGGUGAUGGCUAGCUCAGCAGCUAAUAGUAGAGAAGGAAGCCGGAAUCCGAGUCGAGCUGCUUCUCGGGAAAGAUCGUCGCAGUUGAUGGAGAGAGCAGUUGUGCCAGGAGAUAGUUGUCUAGGAGUUGACAGAAGUGGUCAACCACCUCAGCGUCGUGACUCACUCAGAGGUUCCCACCAAGACUUCACUGAUGACAACCACCUGCUUAGAAGUGGCAGCGGUGUUCUAGUGUCCAACACCGCCAAUAGAACUUCUGAGCGAAGGGAUGUAUCUGCUUCGUCUUCACGUGCGAAUAGUAGGGAUCCGACUGGGGAUUACGUAGAGCUCAAAUCCCGAGUGGCGACGAAGGAGUGUUUAGACAAUUUUGGCCCUCGAUAUCAAAAUGGCGGAUCUGCCUCAUCUUCCGCCGCGGGACCGGGAGGACGGCAGGUACAUAUGAGGAUUGAAGUUCAGACUGACUCUGACAGAAUUUAUUUAUUAACUGUGACGACCGUAGCCAGCAUUUUGGCUCAAGGAUGAGAGAAAAGAAAGGAAGUCUUUGGACUUCAACUCAAGAAAUAAAUUAGUGAGUAACUAAUGACAGCACCUACAAUCUAAACAAUUCAUCACCCUUCUUAUUAACUGUGACGACGUUUUGUCGAACUUUUCACUAGAAGGAUCAUUGUCCUCUCCGUUUCCCUUCACUGCAGACAUGUAUAAUGACUCCAACUUCAGUGACCUCUCUUCUCUCACCUCCACUUCAUCCAGCUAAACCGUUCCGGCUCGAGCCGUGCUACAGUCGAGUACGAUGAGGCUUUUCCACAUACCGCUUUUGCAGAAGGACGAGGAGCUUCGAAUAGUUAUGAUCGCGCCGCAGGACGUGGAGGAAGUGUUGGGGAACAAGGUGUAGGAGGAGCGAUGAACAAUUAUCCGCCACUACCGACUGCUGGAGAUCUGUCUCGAGUGCGCGUCCUUAGCAAUCCGAAUCGAGAUCUUCAAGUAGAUGAUUGUCUCGGAGUGUCUGGCACGACGACUGAGGUUUUAGGUGGCAGUUUGUCGAAUUCGUAUAGGAGUGGUGCCCCAGGAGAUGGAGGUGCUGCUAGAAGAAGGAGUUUACUAGACCGUGAAGAGUUCGUGAAUCCGCCUGACUUGCCUCUAGGCACUAGGCCAACAGGGAAUCUCGAGAACAUGUUGGACAAUGAGAUACGAGGUCAUAUGAAUGCCGAACAAGGUGGAACGAAUACUGGUGGUGGAUAUGGCAACGGCAGAAGGCAGAGGGAAGUAAGUCAGUUUAGUCAGAGUCCAUCGAGUAAAGGGGCACGAAUUCGAGACCAAGAGCGGGAAAGAGCAAUAGAGCAAGAGCACGUGCACAGACUGCAACAGCAAGGCGGCAGUAGUAGCUCAGGCUCAGUCGGCGAUGACGCAGGACGAGUGGGAGCGGGAAGUAAGCCAACAUCUGUAGGAGAUUUUCGAAGCGGAGUAAGGGCUUCACAGCAAAUGGAAAAUCAACAGAGAGGCGCUGCAGGUGGAGGUGGAAGUAUUAGAUCAUCUGCCCUUCUAGCCGAGGAAAUAGCGCGAGACAAGUGCUGUACUGACGCUUUGCGCUUAUUGCGGGAACGGCAAGACCCGAAUUUGGCUUUUUCGCAUGUGUUUUCUCAAGGCAAAGAGCGCUCUCUACGUCUGUUCCUCGCACAGGUUCCGCCAUCUACGCGUCUCUGUGAACAAUUAGACCACAAACAUGCAGUGUAUCUCGCAAAUCUUCUCACUGCUCUGAUCCACAAGGACUUCCAUAGAGGUCGCGGACCAGAACAACUGCCGCUCAGCUUGUCUUGGAUGAAAGCGUUAGUAACUACUUCUGGGACUGGAGUGAUCAAGGGACUGCAGAGCUCUUCGGUGCAAGAUUUGCAGCGUUUGCUGUUUGAACUGUCCGAGAAUGCAGCACCGGAUGCUUCUCGUUUAGCAGCGCAGCUAUACGCACGAUUGGGGAGGUGAUAAUUGUUGAAAAUGUUUGUUUUUGUUAUCGUAGAAAGAGUCUUAGGUCUAGCGUCAAUACGUUUCCUUUUUCCCUAGAAGUUGAGUUCUUUUCGGUUGAAGAUACUGAUUCCUGUAAUCACAAGAAGUCGUGAACGUGAUCAAAAAUAUUCGUUAGAAUCAAUCCUUAGUUAGUACAUGAAAAUCCUUAUCCUUUUUAGUUUAAAGUCGACUUCGUACUCGUACAAUCCUACGUACUGGAAGAAUCCUCAUCCUUCUACUUAAGCUUCAAUACAGCAAGGACGACUACAGCAGUGCGCAUCUGUGGUUCAGACUGUAGAGCUUUGUUUCGUUAUUCGCUUAUUGUUGAAUUUUUCGCUUGAAUCAUAACAACCAACCAUGAGAUGCAUGCUGGUACUGAUAGAAGACAGGAGACACAGUCCUUUUGACUGUCUGAUGAAUAGAGGGAAAUGCGUGGACAGAAAUACAAUGAAUUGGUUACCGAAUGAUGAAUCUGCGUGGGCAGAGGAAAAGACAACCUAACUCGAGCUGGC